AUGUUUGCAGAAAACACCUCGAAUAUCAGCACUACGAGCGAUGGAAACAGUACCAAUUGUUGGCUUCACUUAGGCAAGGAGAACUUUCAUGGGCCGGCCACCCUUCUAAAAGACAAAAAACCCGAUUUCGACAAGGUUGUCAGAUGUAUAAGAGAAGAAUUCGAGGUGGUAGAAAAAAUAGAACUCAGCCAUGAGAUGCAUAGUCACUUAGCUGGAUUAUCCGAGAAAAUCAAAGCAUAUAUUCACCUACUAGCCACCGCCGCUCCAUUUAUAAUGUGCGACUGCAACGAUAGGCAGGAUAAAACCAUCGCAAGACUCUACUUCCAGAGUCGAAGUGAGCUGGCAAAGGUUGCCAACAAUGCACAUCUCGCUUUUCUUUGUCGUUUCAAGGAGAAGUGCGAGCUUUUGGAUCACUCUAAGACCUCUAAGGUUUUGGGAGAGUCGGCACCAGAUCUCCAUUGUGAUGACAAGGAUCUCGAGCUCUUCCGAGCCUGCAUGAAUCUAUUUGGAAACUUAGUUUAUGAUAUCACCGGGAUAGCUCCGCUAAAGGAUAGUCAGGGUGUACCAGAGUAG